UUAAGUUUAUUAUGAAACCAUAUGUACAGAAACAAAUUUUCAGAAAGAAUGCGGAGUAUAUCAGAACUUGAGAAAACUAAAACAGAACUUUCCUUAGCUUUAGUAGAACUAGAUAAACUUGAGCGGUUAAGUUUGACAGAGAAAGAUGAGAAGGAUCCGAAAGUUUUCGAUGAGAGAGACUUCGGACUUGUUAAAUCUAACUCAGACCUUGUUGCCAGGAAUGCAGAGCUUGAAGCUGAGAACUGUAAGAUCAGGAAAGAGAGAGAAAAAACAAACCAGGAUCUAAAACAGCUCCAAACCCUCAGUUCAAAACUACAGGUGGACAUUGAACACAUUAAUUCGGAGAAAAGUCUGUUGGCUCAAAUUGUGAAAAACACACAAGGAGAAAAUGAGGUUAUCAGUAAGGUUAUGGAGAAGAUAUCCCAGGACUACGAAGAACUUAAAAAAGCUUUUGACAGCCAGAAAUGUCCGAAGGAUGAUAAGAUCUUAGCUCUGAGAAAAACAGCUCGAGCUCUGGAGACUGAGAAUGAGUUGUUGCACGAGGAGAAGAUGAUGAUAGGGAAGGAGAAUGAUAGAAUAAGACGAGGACUAGAGACAAGGUUGGCGGAGCUAGAGAAACAGGAACAAAAUCAUCAAGCUCAGGUUCAGAAAUACGUCCAGGAACAACAGGAUCUCAAAUCCAAAUUGGAUAAAUCAGAACAGGAGAAACUGACUCUUUCAGUACGUUUUACCUCCCUGGAGAAAGAGUUGGAGAACUGUAAAACACAGCUCAAUAAGGUCCAGUUAGAAAAAGAGGAAGUAAUCGAGGAGAAAGCACUGCUCGGGGAAACUCUUAUAGCUUUAAAAGAUUGCAAACGUGUUGUGGAGCUUAAGUUUCAGAAUUCUUUAACGGAAAAAUCUAAACUGGAAAACAGGAUUGAAUCUCUCACCCAGCAAUCCGAACUGUUACAAGUAAAGAACUGUAGUCUAGAGGAGCGAUUAGAAACCCUUGAAUCUGAAAAGGAAGAGCAAACCUCAAUCCUCGCAGAAAUACAAAUCAGUCUUGAACAAAAAACAAGUUUUUAUCAAUCACAAAUUCAACAAAUGCAAAUAGAACUCAGUCAUCGGUUGGACGAAGUGAAUCUUAUCCGAGUUGAGGAUGUGGAGAAAGUUAGAGACGAAUACGCCCUGCUCUUCAAUGAAAAAGCUUCUGAACUGAUGCUAGUAAGAGAAGAACUGGAAGGUUUGCAGGAGGCUCUGAGAUCCUCAGAAAUGAAGAUCAGUGAUCUAGAGUAUAGAGAGAUAGAAUUGAACGAAACUAUCACCAAGCUGAAAAUGUCUCCGGAGCAUCUUAUUUCGGCACAGAUAGAAGAGAAGCUGGAGAACUAUGCAACCAACAGCCAGCUUCUACAAUUUAAAUUUAAAGAAAUACAUAAAGAGUUCAGACAAACUAAAAUUAAGGAUAGAGAAAACUUGCAUAAGUUAACCAAUCAAAUCUGUGAUAUGCAAUUACGAUUAAACGGGAAGGAUAAUGAUAUUAUUGCUCUUCAAGAAGAAGUUUUAAACAAUAACGUUCUUCUCAAUCAUAACGCGUUGAUCACACCAGAUAUCUUACAUCCAAGCCUACAGAAAACAGAGAUUGCAAAUCAAGAACUAGAAAAGACAAGGAUUCUUAAUCAAGUAUUGGAGAAACCUAAAACCAUUGAUAAAGUUAUUGAUCUAGUCAGAGAUACUCCUGACGAUGAAUCAAGUAAGAUUCAAACUCUUAAUGUGAAAUUGAAGACUGAAAAGAUAGACUUAGAGAUUAAUAAACCUGGAAUACAGAAAACAGAAAUUCUUUAUCGAGAUUUAGAAAAAUCAGAAAUUUAUAAUCCAGAGAAAUUUAAAACAUUAACGAAAAUAGAAACUGCUCCUUCUGUAUUAGAUGAGAAAGAUCUGGUUCAGAACAAAAUGGAAAAUUUAGAAAUUAAAUCCUGCCAACCUACUCAACCUACACAACCUAGUCAGCAGAAUAGGAGUAAGCGGAGAAGAAAGAAGAAACAUUAAAAUCCAGUUUAGAUUUUUCGGUUUUUAAUUAUGCAUUAUUGUAUCACCUUUUUAUUUUUUGCUCACAUCAAAACUGUGUUUAAAAGAAUCAACAAAGAUUUUGGAUAUUUUUUCAUUUUCUCCCUUUAACACUCCUUAUUAUGAAAUAAAUGUAUAAAAUGAUAAUAAUAAUUGCAACCUGCUGUAAAAUAAAA